GGGACUUUCUCAAGCCCCAAUUUUUCUGGACAACACAACGAUGCUCGAAUGAACCUCGCCAUCGCCCUCACUGCUGCCAGGUAUGGGGCUGCCAUAGCCAAUUACACUGAAGUGGUGCACCUACUGAAGAGGGCAGACCCUCAGACGGGGAAGGAGAGGGUCUGCAGAGUGCACUGCAGGGAUGUGAUCACAGGGCAGGAAUUUGAUGUCAGAGCCAAAUGUGUUAUCAAUGCCACGGGACCUUUUACAGACGUGCUGCGGAAAAUGGAUGAUCAGACGAACCCCGACAUCUGUCAGCCCAGUGCUAGGGUGCACAUCGUCAUCCUGGGCUAUUACAGUCCCAACAACAUGGAGCUCCUGGAUCCUGUCACGUCAUCUUCUUACUGGGAAAGGAUGCCAAAACACACCAACCCACCCACAGCAAGCCAUCCUUGUGGAGGAGGACAUCAACUUCAUCCUGACUAUCCACAACUACCCAACUACCUCAGCCAGGACAUAAAAGAGAUUUGUCCAGCUAGCAUCCUGUGUUGGACAGCUACUUGAAGCCCUGUGCCAUGAGACAGGCUCAGACGGAUGGAUUUCAACACUAAUCCGUUUGAUGUGGAUGCGAGAUCUCAUCGAGCUGCUCCAAGGCACUUGAGGCAGCCUGAGCCGUCGAGUACAAUAAGAAACAAGACAGAGGGAAAGCUAAUUAGAAAAUGUGACUGGCAUAAGAGAGGAGAGGUGGAGGAAUGGUGGGAUUAAGCUCGGGAGCAGAAAAUCACACCCUCUUGCUAAAUCUUGGGAUUUCUAUACACUUCAAAUCAACUAUUUCUUGCUGUGCCUCACCGUUUGUCACAUUUCCCAAACAAAAGCUUGAAAAUUAUUUUAUUC